UCCAACGGCUGCGAUGAUUGGUUACUCGGCUUGUUGUUAAACUCAGUUGACCCGGAUGUAAAAAGGAAGCAGCUUUGCUAACACGAAAGAUCCACCCAUUGAUACCUGUGCUCCACCUCAAGUGGGAUCAUGUCUGACAGUGAUGGCCAAGCACCAGAGCCUGCUGGACUGGAUGGUCUGCCACCACUGUACAGUAUUGCCAAGGGUGAGGUGGUCUCUGUGCAGACCUAUGGAGCCUUUGUCAGACUGCCAGGAUACAAGAAGGAAGGGCUGGUACAUGUGAGUGAAAUGUCAGCCACACGGGUUGAGAGUGCCUCAGAAAUUGUCGAUAUGGGGGAACAGGUGUGGAUUAAAGUCAUUGGGAAAGAGAUUCGGGAUGACAAGGUGAAGUUGUCCUUCUCAAUGAAAGCUGUCAAUCAGGGAACAGGACGGGACCUGGACCCAAACAAUGUUAUGGCAGAGCAGGACUCCAGGAGACGUAAGCAGUUUAGAGAUCACACAGGCAACAGGAUCACACUGGAGGCUGUGCUCAACACAACAUGCUCAAAGUGUGGCUGCAAGGGUCACUUCACAAAGGACUGUUUCUCUGCUCCGGGCUUGCAGUAUGCUCUUUUGCCUGAAGAGGGCGAUGAAGAGCCACAGCAGCAGCAGCAGCAGCAACAGCAGCAGAGCGCCACAGUUGCACCCCAGCAAGACUCAGAGAAAAAGAAAAAGAAAAAGAAGGAGAAGAAAAUGAAGAAGAAGAGGAAGAGGGAGAGGAAGGAGUCGGAGAGUGACAGCAGCAGCAGUAGCGAAUGCAAAUCCAAGAGCAGGCGCCGCGACCACUCUCCUGAUAGAGAGGACAAAAAGAAGAAAAAACACAAGAAACAUAAAUCACAUAAACACAGCUGAGACGACUACACGGCUCAGACGCACAUCUACAGUCGCACACACUGCAGCUAUCAGACUGACGCAAAAAGGGGAAGUGGGUAGCAACAGAUGGAGUGACAGACUUCUAGCUGUGUAUCUUUUAAUAACAAACACUUAUUAUAGAAACCUUCAUUCAUUUAAGUUCAGGAAUGUUCUUCCUACUGUCUCACCAUGUCAUUGGAGGCACAUUAACACCUCCUAUCAAGUUUUAAAAAUCAAAAUUGGUCAACAUGAAAGUGCUUCAAACAAAUAUCAGACGAUAAAGCCACACUUGUCCCGAAGUAACCUCUAGCUCCCCCUCAGAGGGAGACGUUUACACAUCAUAAGUAACCAGAUAGGUGUAAGCAAUAUGGCAGCAAGUUGCUAUCCCUCUUCAAAUCCAGAUAUUGUUUACAGCUAUCCUGUUUCUUAUGCUCUGGGAAAUCCAUUAAGCAGAUGUGGAGACAGUAAAGCUCACUCUUGGGAGGGUUUGACAUGAAAAAUCCUUCAGAUAAUCCACAAAGAGGAAGACAGACAGACACACACACACACGCACGCACACACACACACACACACUAUGUAGGAAGUAGUAAAACACAAACAGGACGUGUAAUGCAGCACAAGUGAGCGUGACAGGAACCGCAAGCUAUGGUGAUAUCCUGUGGUUGUUCGCCGCUUAUUGUGCAUUUGUAUGUACAUACAUGUGUGUAUUCGUGUAUUUUGCCUCCAGGGGACUGCUAACAGUACACACAACCCUCAUCCUGCAUGUCAACUGUUAGCUCCAUUAAAGGUGUUUUUAUUUGUAA